AUGGGAAACUUCUGUCAGAAGUACUGCAGCUGUUUGGAGCCCUAUGUUCCUUGCUUAUUCUCAGGGAAAGAAGAUGAGCGGGAAGAGGAUGUUGGCCAGGUUUUUGCCAACCCUGCUACUAAAGGGAAACCCUUACCUCCACUGCCUGGCCAGCAUUUGGUGAGCACUUGCAAUUUUGUGGCACUCUUCAACUAUGAUGCUCGCACAGAGGAUGAUUUGAGCUUCCAAGCCGGGGAUAAACUUGAAGUGCUGGACGCAUCCCAUGAGGGCUGGUGGUACGCUAAGCUCCUCCUGCCAGAAGGGUCAGUCUGUCCUGGCCGCAAGCUCCAGGGCUACAUCCCUGCCAACUACAUAGCUGCUGUACAGAGCAUUGAAGCUGAGCCAUGGUUUUUUGGACCAAUCAAGCGAGCAGAUGCUGAGAGGCAACUGUUGUAUCCUGGAAACCGGGCAGGAGCCUUCCUAAUCCGAGAAAGCGAAAGUCUAAAAGGCGAAUACUCACUUUCAGUGUUCGAUGGUGAAUCAGUGAAGCACUACAGGAUCAGAAGACUGGAUGGAGGAGGUUUUUUCUUAAGUAAAUUGAAAACUUUUAAAACUCUGAAUGAGUUUGUUGACCAUUACAGUAAGAACAGUGAUGGCCUCUGUGUGAUGCUUGGAAAGCCGUGUCCGAAGGUACAAAUUCCUACUACUUUUGAUUUGUCAUAUAAAACUGUUGAUCAGUGGGAGAUAGACAGAAAAUCUCUGAAAUUCUUGAAAAAGUUAGGAUCUGGUCAGUUUGGUGAGGUAUGGGAAGGACUGUGGAAUAAUACCACCCCAGUGGCAAUCAAAACAUUAAAACCAGGUUCAAUGGAUCCAAAGGACUUUCUGAGGGAGGCACAAAUAAUGAAGAACUUGCGGCAUCCAAAGCUCAUACAACUUUAUGCUGUUUGCACUUUGGAGGACCCAAUUUAUAUUGUUACGGAGCUGAUGAAAUAUGGAAGUCUUAUAGAAUACCUUCAAAAUGAUGCAGGCUCCCACAUCUCCCUGCCACAUCAAAUAGACAUGGCUGCUCAAGUGGCUUCUGGCAUGGCUUAUCUUGAAUCUCAGAACUACAUCCAUCGAGAUUUGGCAGCCAGGAAUGUUCUCGUUGGUGAACACAGUGUUUACAAAGUGGCAGAUUUUGGACUUGCAAGAGUUUUUAAGGUAGAAAAUGAAAACAUAUAUGAAGCUAGGCCUGAAACAAAACUCCCAGUGAAGUGGACAGCCCCUGAGGCAAUCCGCUAUAACAAAUUCAGUGUUAAGUCAGAUGUGUGGUCAUUUGGAAUACUUGUCUUUGAAAUAAUCACAUAUGGGAAGAUGCCAUAUGCUGGCAUGCCAGGACACCAGGUAAUCCAGAUGCUGGACAAGGGAUACAGACUCCCUCAGCCUGAGACCUGCCCGAAAGCGCUCUAUGAACUGAUGCUGAAGUGCUGGAGUACAGAGCCCAGUGAGAGACCCACUUUUGAGGCCUUGUACUGUCAGCUGGAGGACUACUUUGAUAAUGACUCCUAUAUGGACAGGCAUGCCACCAUUAAGUGAACCCCAAGGCAGGGACAGAGGACGAAGUGUAAGUGAACGGGACUGAAGGGAAACCAAUUUAACCCCAGAUGGGGAGCUGGAUGUGAAGAUAAGGAGGACUGGUACAUUUUCACACCUGUGCUGGCACAUGAAGACACAUCAUGAUUUUACUGGUGGCAAAUGUUUUGCAAGACUAAGCAUCAGGAAGCAGGAAAGGUGGGGGCUUCUAAAAUAUAAACAACCUUCUAUUUAUUUUUUAAAUAACAGCUCACAAGAAUGAAUAAAUGACAAGUCUGGUUCAAUAAAACCAUAGCAAUUUAUAAUUUCCUUAUUGGAAUAAUUACGUAUUUACCAUUUCUUAGAUUUUUGAUCCCUACUAGUUUGUCCUUGUGGAGAAAUUUGAUUACUCUGCACAGCAGGAUCUGUGCUAUGAAAGUUCUCUUACACUAAAAAAAUACAGAAAUUUCAUGACUGUGAUGAUGUUGAAAUCUAGAUUAGUUGCCUUGCUUAGACGUGAAGUACUCAUGCUUUUGCUGUAUCAGAAAAUAAAAGAGAUGUUCAUGUGAGGA